UUACCAUAGUGACUGUCAGGAGCAGCCACCAGAGAAGAGAAAGAGAGAGGGAGCGAACACCAACAGGCGAAGGCAGGAGCCAGAACCACGGGCAGAGAUUCGGAGGGACAGAGUCUGCUAUUAGAGAGAGAGCCUAAAGUGAGUGAUAGAUAGAGAGAGAGGGGAAUUUGACAGAGCAGCCAUGAUGGAGGCUCAGACCGACUGUAUUGAACCACCUUCAUGUGAGCCCCAGCCAUCAGGAAAGAUCAACAAAGCAGCUUUCAAGCUGUUCGGCAAGCGCAGGUCCGGCAGCGGCAUGCCAAGCAUCUUCUCGGUUAGGAACAAAGGAGAGGGUGGCAGCAAGACCAGCGGCAAGGAGCUUGCAAGGAGCAAAACCCAUGAUGGCUUAGUGACAGAUGUGCCAUCGGACUUGGAGGGGAGCAAGAAAGAAGACUCGUGUAGCAGUGAUUUGCUCCACAGUGCUCCAGUGGAAGGGGUCUCUCUGGCCCCUGUACGCAGUGCAAUCACCAAGUCCUUCAGCUUCUUUUCCCUGCUGCGUCGCAACAGCACUCGUGUCGGGGAUGGAGCAGCCACAUUGGGGCACAGGGGACGUGGGCUGAAGGGGCUGUUCAGCAGCAUGCGCUGGCGCCGCAAGCCCCCACCGCGGGAAGACUCCUCAGAGAUUCAGGAAGUAGCCAAGGAAGUGAAAGAAGGAGAUGUUAUCUUGCCCUCCACUUCUAACAAAGUGGAGACUUUGGAGGACAGUGUGACACUUACUUUAGAGCCCACAGUUCGGGUAUUUGAGGAGUGUCCCACAGAAGACAACUCUGGGACAUGGGACAAAAACUCACUGGAGGAAGUGAAGAGUAGCAAUGAGGAGAGCCGGAAGAGCUCUUGUUCUCUGGUACAGGAGAUUACCGAGGAGUCUCCAGCACCCUCACCACUCAGGGUCCCAACUGAAGGACCUCUCAGGGCCAACACCAGUGGUUCAGCCUGCCUAACUUCCAUACCAGCCUCUGCUAUGACCCCUCCACUGGAGCACAGCUCAGUUGACCCACCAUCUGAACCCUCUGUUGACCGGCUCUGCUCUAUGUUCACUGAUGUCACCUCACUCAAGAGCUUUGAUUCACUAACAGGCUGUGGAGACAUCAUUGCUGACCAAGAAGAGGACUCUGGGAACGGGGGCAGUGCUACCAGCAGUGGGACAGGGAGCAGCAGUGGUGGUUGUGGGGGGCGUAGAGUGAUUGGAGCAGCAACUGAAAGAUGCUCUCCUGUCAAACCUCCUCUUCCUCCACAAGUCACCAGCCGAGUAUCCAUCUCUCCCUACCUGUCAUCCCAUCAACGAAUGAGUUCAUCCCCUAAAAAACCACAGGGAAGUGGGAUAGUUGCUUACAUGGGUGGAGGAGAGGAGAUGGCCAGUCCCGAAGGUGUCAAUGAUGCAGACAUGCAAGGGCUUUGGCACAUGUUACCCCAAAAGGGGGAGGAUUCUCCAGCUCUACCCCGCUCUGAUCCUAUAGUUCAUCACCCACCAGGUCGGCAGGAAAAGAAGCAUCCUCAGGUGAAAUCUUUGGGACUCAGUAAGAUACCUGUUUGUGGAAUCAGCAAAACAGGUAAGCAGCAGUCUGCCCAUCCUUCACCUCCACCAACUGAUAAAGAGCUACAUGAUGCCCCACCUAGCGAUGAAGGGUACUGGGAUUCUCCCACACCUGGACCAGAGGAUGAGGACAAUGGUUUCACACGGCGGGAUGGCCUGCUGAGGGACAGCUGUUCUGGAGAUGCACUUUAUGAUCUUUAUGACCUUGACAGUCCUGGUGCUGGUGGUUCAGAUGACGAUGACAACAUGAGUUCGCCUACGCCUUCCACAGGUGAUCUUAAAAUGAGCCCGCCUUCUCAGAGCGGUGUGUCUUCCAACUCUUCUUCCUUCCGUUCUAUAAAGGGCAGCACCAGUCUUCCUCGUGACUCUAAGAUCCCCAUCAGCGUAAAGCAGACAACGCCAUCCCACUCCUCUAGCCAGGGUGCGCUGUCUUCACCUGCAAGUCCCACCUCGGGAAAAUGCCCCACAAAGACUAAUGCUCCGGCCCGCACACGCAUCCCCGUAUCCAAGGUCCCUGUUCGUCGCUCAGGCAACAAGAAUAUCAACACAACGCAAAGCAGGAAGUAGAACUCCUGAUCAACAAUGCGAUGAUUCAGACAAUAUAGACCCAUCACUGAGCUUUAGGCCAAAAUGAGUGCUUCUAAUUACACUAAUGGUUCGUAAUUGUGGUCCUGGGGUUCCCCUGAACUCCUUGAAAAUCUGACCAUCUAGUCAGGUGUAAAACUGGCCCUUUGCCCUUGCCCUAAGUUUUGGGCAUAAGGGGGGGUAUUACUAAAAAAGAAAACAAAAUUUGCAGGGAAUGGGGUUACUUCAUGACCAGGAUCAUGAACCAUUAGAUCAAACUGACAAUUUUCUUCUCAGCGGGUCACAAUGUUUUGCAGGAUUUUAUAUCUAUAAACAUUUUCCUGUGUUUCUUUUUGCAUCAUUACAACUACUGUCUUGUAAUAUGUCACAUAUUACACGUGAUGUGAUUAGUGCAUAUGUAGAAUGCCCUGCAAUAUGUAACAUAUUACAUUAUUUUCAAUAAUCUAAGCUCGUUUGAUUUCUUGAUCAUGCCUGUCGAUCUGUAAACGGAUUGCGUCUGUACCACCCAGCACAUACAGACUACAAAAAAUGACUACUUUAAGUCUAAGAAUGUUCUUUUAAAAAAAACAACUCACCCAACAUGUCCCUUUGGAGGUUCACUUCCUCCUGAACCAGCAAGCAAUGGAGUCUUUGGCUCCACUUCACACACACACAAAACAAAGUGCUCUCUGGGAAACACAGCCGUGAACUCCGUCUCUCUGGGAUUUAUGAAAAAGAAUCAAAAUAGAAAACCCUGCAGGAUGAGGCAAGGCCGAGGACUUCAAACACCCCAAACCAAGCUGCACAGAAUCUUUAUUCCUCAAUCAGGAUCAGGGAACGCAAUCUUCAUUUUUGAAACGCUCUUUUUUCUUACUGCUUGAGACAACUUCCUACGAAAAACAGGUGACUACCUAAAAAAAUGUCUUUUUUAUACAGAGUUCUUCCUCUUCACAUCUUUCUUACUCUUUUAUACAAGACAGGUCUCACUGUGGACGUAAAGACUGUUUGUUUUUUUUGUCUCUGCUGGAAAAAAAAACCUAAAUGUUAAUCUGCAAAAAAGUACAAAAAAGCAGGGUCAGGAGUGCUCCCUGCUUACAGUGACUUCUCUUAUCUGGAUUCACCCACGCUGAUCUGGAGAUGUGAAUGUAGCAUGCCAUCAUUCUACACUCUACAUACACUCACACAAGCCUGUACACAAUACUCUGCCUGCACACUGCUCUGUGAAAGAGAAAAAGAGAAGCGAGAGAAAGAAGUCAGUCUGGGUCAAAAGUCAACCACCUUCCACCCUUCAGUAGCCAUUCUCAGGGAGACUGAGGGUUUCCCGUCUUUCUCUGGGCACAGACUGACCCUGAUUUUCAAACAACCUGAGGGUCCAAACGAAUAGGAGCAUAUAAGGUCAUGCUUAAAACAUCGUCAUUGCUGGACAUUUGAUUUAUUGUCCUUCUGGUAUGUUUUGUUUUGAUCUGUCUCACAGCUCUGCUUCCUUGUUUGGGUUGUAACAACGUCCCUCCAUGAUCUUCCUCUUGUACACAACAAUCCCACCUUUUUUGCUGUUUUUCCACUAAUUUAUGAAUAAACCACGCUGUGAGUAUGCCGAA